GGGGAGCCGGGCGCCCCUGGCGCCCCCGCCGCGGCGUCGCCCGAGGCCGAGCCCCGCGAGAACCUGCUGACAUGGCCGAACAUGGGACCGAUGAGCCAUCCUCCAGGACAGGAAGUCCCGACGGAGAAGACCGGGUCUCUGGGGACAGACUGUUGCUGCAUCAGAGGCUGGCUGUCAGAGAGCUCAUUGACACCGAGGUCUCCUACCUGCAUAUGCUCCAGCUCUGUGCCUCAGACAUCAGGAGCCGCCUGCAGCAGCUGCCCCAGGGGGAUCUGGAUGUCCUGUUCUCAAACAUCGAUGAUGUCAUUGAGGUGAACAGCAGAUUUCUUCACAAUCUCCAAGAGACGGCAUCCAGGGAGGAGGAACAAGUGCUCUUAAUUGGUAACUUUUUCCUGGAAUUCCAAGAGGAGCUGGAGCGAGUCUAUAAGGUCUACUGUGCCAGCUACGACCAGGCCUUGCUGCUGGUGGAGACCUACCGGAAGGAGCCAGAGCUGCAGCGAGAGAUCCAGGGCGUCCUUGAGGCAGUGGUGCCACAAGCUGGGCCCUCGGGCCUCAGUUUCUUACUGGUAGCCCCUCUGCAGAGGAUUACCAAGUACCCACUGCUGCUGCAGAAAAUCCUGGAAAACACGGUCCCUGACGCCAGUGCCUACCCUGUACUUCAGAGGGCUGCCUCUGCCCUCCAAGACGUGAACACCAACAUCAAUGAGUAUAAGAGGCGCAAGGAAGUGGCCUCCAAGUACACUAAAGUGGGGCAGCUGACGCUCCGGGAGAGGCUGGCCCGGAUCAACACUCACACUCUCUCCAAGAAGACCACCAGGCUGAGCCAGCUGCUGAAGCAGGAGGCGGGGCUCGUGCCCAAGACAGAAGACAAGGAAUUCGAUGACUUGGAAGAGGGGUUCCACUUGGUUUCACUGUGUGUGACAGAGCUGAAGAACAACGUGGCUGUUUACCUGGAUCAUCUGGAGGCUUUCCUCCGCUUCAGGCCCCAGGAAUACGAGCUGGACAUCCCCGGGGGGCCUGUGGAACAGUACUGCAGCCUGAUGGGAGACCUCCAGCUCCAGGCCUUCCCAGACUUUAAGCGGCGGCUGGAAGGCCUGGUGUGGCAGCCAUUGUGUGACCUGGCUAGGGCCCUGGCCGGCCCGCACAACCUCAUCAAGAAGCGUCUGGACAAACUACUGGACUUUGAGAGGGUGGAAGAGAAGCUGUUGGAGGCAGGCAGCGUGACGUAUGAGGAGCAGGAGGCCCGGCACACGUACCAGGCCCUCAACUCCCUACUAGUGGCUGAACUCCCGCAGCUCAACCAGCUGGCCGUGCGGUGGCUGGGCCAGAUCCUGUGCACGUUCGUGGACCUCCAGAGGGACCUUGCGAAGCAAGUGCUGCAGAGGGCAGAGGGCAGCUUGGCCCAGCUGCCUCACCGCCACCUCUCUGAGCCAGCCUUCAGGAAGCUGGUGGAGGAUGUGCUGGGCCAGACUGGUCACCAGCUUUGCUCCUUUCAAGAGAACUUCAAGAAAGUGCUGCCGCCUCCCACCACACAGCCGUUCCUUCCGGGGGCUGAACGCCAGGUGCAGGCGCUGCUGAGCAAGUACGGUCCGGAAAAGCUGUACCAGGCGACAAGCAACAUCAGCGGGGCUGGGACUCUGGAGCUGACACUGCUGCGGGGCCAAAUUGUGGCUCUCCUUCAAAACAAGGACACCAAAGGCAACAGCGGCCGCUGGCUGGUGGACACUGGGGGGCAUCGAGGGUACGUGCCAGCUGGGAAACUGGAGCUGUUCCGUGGCAUCCCCGGUCAGGAGGACGCCAAAGAGCAGGUGCAGCCUCACAAGGACUCCUGUCACCUGACACCUAAGCCCACCCCAGCCGUAGUCCCCUCUGUCCCAACGGUGACCCAGGUGGUGGCAGUGUACCCCUUCGUGGCCAGAAGCAGCCAUGAAGUGAGUCUGCAGGCAGGCCAGCUGGUGACUGUCCUGGAGGCCCAGGACAAGAAGGGGAACCCAGAAUGGAGCCUCGUGGAAGUGAACGGACAGAGGGGCUAUGUGCCUUCCAGCUUCCUGGCCAAGGCCCCAAGCCCCGCUCUGUGGGGCUGGAGUCUGCCCUCUUAGGGUGCCCUCCUCGGAGUCUGCAUUGCAAAGGGAUGGGGAGGCUUAGAUGCUGUGACCCUGGGAGGGAAGGGAAGCCAAGAGAAGGCAAGGCUGGGAGGGGAGUUCAGGCCAAGUUUGGGUGAAGGGUGCCAGAGGAGGUGGGUGGGCCUUGCAGAGUACCUGGCCCCGCCUGGGUGAGCAUGAAGGCUCCAGGCAGAACCACAUGUUAUGUCUGCAAAGAAUGUGGUUCCCAUCUGAAGUCACAGCAGCCCGGAUGGCAGGUCCGAUUGAAAAGGAUUUACUGUAGCUUCUGGCCAAUCUUACCUGUGGUUUCAUCCAGCCCCGCCCCCGGGAGUGGCUCACCCACAUGAAGGGCACCCGUGUGCGAUGGGGUUACAGGGACACACGGGAGAAGUCCAGGACUACCUGCCCUGACGGUCCACUUCCUUCGUGGGGCAUUAGGAGACACCACCGCCGACCAGUCACCUUUCAUUUCUCCUCGCUGGGAGCUGAGCUAUCUGGGCAGCGAACCUCUGGAAGCCCCCUUCUAGCAGGGAAGCCAGGCCGGUGGGGCCGGUGGAAAGGAUCUCCGGAGAUGGUUGGCUGAGCCUGGGAGUGGGCGUGGCCACGUCACAGACCUGGAAUGUGUUUAGGCAAAUUUAGAGGCUGUUCCGGGGAAGGGGGGAUUUUGAAGGUGUGUAGGGUGGGGCGUGUGAGGCUGUUGCACACUGCUGCUGUGUGCUCUGGAUUAGGGAACAAAGGAUAUGCAAAUUCCUGAGGCAACUCUGCAGCCAGUAAUCAAACAGCCUGGGGUGGAGGAGCUCAGGCGAUGGCUUGGUUUCCUGUUUUUGGAAGUUGGGAGCCAGGGGGAAUCCCCCUUCCCACCCCCACCCCCACCCCCCGUGGCUCCAGGGCCUGGAGGCAGCUGCAAUGUAAUGUCAGUUGGCUGUGAGGCCUUAGACGUAGGACCCAGCCUGUUUUCCCAUCCACAAAGCAAGCUUGUGGUGAGAAAGACCUGAGGCGAAGGAUGGGAAGCUGCUUGUGAAUUGCAAUGUGUGAUAUACAUGUAAAUUGCCUUUGGUAGCAGGAGGUGCCCAGGAGUGGUCUCAGGGUGGCCUCAGCAUCACCUGGCCCAGCUGCAGCCAGGAGCGUUAGUGCAGUCGCUACUCAUUCCCCGGCCCGUGCCAGACGUUGUUAAGCAAUAUGGCGGCCUUUCCCAUAAACUCAGGGUCUACUUCAGGAUCCUUCUCAACACUGCGUUCUAGGUGGCCAGUCUCUUGAACUUGGUGAGAUCAACCCUUUCCAGAACCUGGAAAUUGAAAACCAGUUUCUGUCCCACUGGGGCAAUUUGGGGUGCAGCCACUGUUGAAUCAUCUGGGCUGUCACUUUGGCUAAGAUAAAUCUCAAUGUUCACCGAAGGGGGUGGUCCAGCACAAUCUUUAAUACAAAUUAUAAAUUUUGGGACCAACCCAAGUUACAGGAUGUGGAAAAACUGGUGGCAGUUCUGACUUCUUUCCAAGAAUAUCUCCAUGCUGUUGUAACUGUAGGGCCUAACGCUGUUGGCUCUAGUUUUUGAAGGGCUUUUAAGAAAUACACGUGCCUGUGUGAGAGUCUGCCCCUCACUCCUCAGCCUGUGGAAGCGGCAGAUGCAUAACGCAAGAGAAACGGAGUCCCCAGCCCUUUCCCAGCACCAAAUUCACUCUCUAAGUUGCUCUCGGCUCAUUUUCUUUUCUCUUCCCUGCUCUAGUAUGUCAUCGGGGCUGGGGAUCUGCCCAAGACACACAGUGGUGGACAAGAGGGGACAUUCGGUCAGAAGUGGCCACGGGCUGUAAGCUCCGACGUGCCCCAUCUGAGCUCUGUCCUAGCUUAGAUUUUUUUUUUUUAAUAGGCGGCUUUAGAGGUGAUGUGAAAUAGGACAGCCUGUUCUGUCAGGUCCCAGAAUGUAUAUUUAUUAAGUGCCAUUAAAAGGGACCUGAACAAAAUUGGAUGUUCUGGAAGGCAUAAGGGAGAAACCUGAAAUACACGUGGAACCAAAUCUAUCUCGUGAGGGGAAAGGAAAAUGUGUUCAGUAGCACACGGGUUGUGGUUUCUCAUAGAUAAGAGGAUGAGAUUAAAAGUCACUGGCAAGUAAGAAACUGCCUGUUGAAAGAUAGAGAAUAGCUGGAACUUUCUCCAGGGGACUCUGUGAUGUGCCUUUUUUCCCCAAAUGCCCAGAUCCAUUGCACUGUGUCUUAUUUAUUUCCUGGUGGGGCUGUCACCUGUUCACCUUGCUAAGGUGAUUUGCCUGUGGACCAGACAAGACUGAUUCACGAGGGUGGCCCUUGCUCCCUGCGACAGAGGGCAUCCACGUUAACCUUCCGGGCCCAAACCCAGUUUUGAACGUGAGGAUGAGAUGACAGUACCAAGGAAAGAUGAAUGGAUUCUUGCUUACUCUAAGGACCUCUCGCUUGGCGAAUCAAUGAUGUGGUCUGCUGAGAAUAAAGGACUUCAAAGAUGAAAA